AUGACUAUCACAGCGCUCCAGCAACCUACCCACAAUCAAUUCCAACAACUGAUCUCCGCGUGUGGGAACGAUCCGAAACGGAUCCAUAAUAUCUAUGAAGAACACCGGUCUAAUCGCAAUGCCAAAUUCAAGGAAGUUUUGCUGAACCCCGGCUUCCGUGAAUGGCAGUUUGAUGAGAUCUUGGGAAAUAUCUUGAAAGCAGAGAAAGGCUUGAUCCAAUACGAUGACCCAAGGAGCAAUAUAUCCUUAUUGGCACGGCCACCGAAGCACAUCUGCGAGUUGAUCCAGGAUAUACAGCAGGAGAUCGCAGAUGUAGCUGGCCCAUGCCUUUGGCUCGCGCCUCAAGAUUCUCUCCACAUAACUACAUGCGAGCUGAUGAACGCCAAGACAAGGACUGAGGUAGAUGAUAUGAUAGCAAUUUUCCAGCAGAAGCUUCCUCUUGAGGAGAUCGUGAACUACACGCUCACCCACAGUCCCAGGCUUGUUCGGCCAAUUGUCAGUUACGAUGCUACGGCUGUCGCUCUGAGCUUUGUCCCUGCCGCCGAGACAGACAAAGACCUGUAUACUUAUCACCACUUGCGACGGGACCUUUGGGAUUUUGUGUCUGAGUCCGGGUGUCAACUCGGGGCUAGAUAUAUUGUGCCUUCGGCCCAUGUGACUAUUGGAAGAUAUGCUAUGCCUCCGGGAGCAGAUCAAUCAAAAGAAUUAGAUGAUCUAUGUGUCAGAGUAGCUGGAUUAAUUGAGAAAAUUGAGGAUAUCAACCAGGAGUUGAUGUCCGGGUAUUGGAAACGAUUUGGAAGCCCCUCGAGGGGAGUGUGGGUUGUGGGACAGGAACAAGGAAUGCAGUUAAACCAAGGUCGAUCCUGGUAUGGAAAUGGAGAAGUGGUAUUGACCGUGAACACUCAACGACCACCCACCUCGCUACCCGGCAAGACAGUCAAAAUGGUCAACAUUCCCAAAACCCGCCGGACCUACUGCAAGGGCCGGGAGUGCCACAAGCACACCCAGCACAAGGUUACCCAGUACAAGGCUGGCAAGGCCUCGCUGUUCGCCCAGGGUAAGCGUCGUUACGACCGAAAGCAGAGUGGUUACGGUGGUCAGACCAAGCCUGUCUUCCACAAGAAGGCUAAGACCACCAAGAAGGUUGUCCUCCGUCUUGAGUGCACCUCUUGCAAGGCCAAGAAGCAGCUUGCCCUGAAGCGCUGCAAGCACUUCGAGUUGGGUGGUGACAAGAAGACCAAGGGUGCCGCCCUUGUUUUCUAA